AUGGACACGCAACCAGCAGGCGGGAGAUACGACGGCAUCUUAGGCGUCCAAUCCGCCCUAGAAGUCCUCCGUACCCUGCACGAAAAUAACAUCCAAACCCACCACCCCAUCGCCCUGAUAAACUGGACCAACGAAGAAGGCGCGCGGUUUCCCGGCGCAAUGAUGGCAUCUGGUGUCUGGAGCACGCACAGUACCACAGAUCUAUCUGCAUGCCACGCUCUCCGCGAUACCGACAAAAUAUCCAUGGCAACUGCUUUACAAGAAACAGGAUACCUUGGUCCAACGCCAUGCAAUUACCGCGAGAACAAACUGUCCGCGCACUUCGAACUACACAUCGAGCAAGGUCCAAUUCUCGAGCGUGAGGGAAAGGAAGUCGGUGUUGUUACGAGUGUUCAAGGAAUGAAAUGGUUCGCCAUUCGCGUUACAGGACGAGAAGGCCAUUCAGGCACAACGCCCAUGGAAGGAAGAGCAGAUGCUUUAGUCACAGCUGCACGGCUCAUCACUACCGUAAGGGAUACGGCUGUGCAGACUGGUCUGGGUGUAGCUACCGUGGGUGUUAUCAGCAGUGAUACCAGUUCACAAGCCACUAUACCCGCUGGCGUAGGAUUUGUUGUGGAUGUUAGAUGCGAUACUGAUGACCUCGUCGACCAGCUUUCCGAAUCCAUCUUACGCGCAUUCGAUCAGGUCAUCAAGGAAGAAGACAACGCGACUACGUAUUCCGUGGAGCGGACGUGGGGAUUACCUGAAUCGAAGUUCCAUCCGGAUUGUAUCGAGGUUGUAAGGACGGCGGCGGUGGGGUUAGUGGGUGAAAGUCAGGUUAUGCAGAUGAAGAGUAGAGCUGGACAUGAUAGUGCGUGGACGAGCAGAGUGUGUCCGACGAGUAUGAUCUUUGUGCCGAGCAAAGGGGGGAUCAGUCAUAAUCCGGAAGAGUAUACGAGUCCCGAGCAUUGCGCGUUGGGAGCGCAGGUUCUGCUUGAUGCGGUGCUGGGGUAUGAUGAGAAGGUUAGAGAUGGGGAGUUUGGUGGCUGA